GCUCCCAGAACCUCCAGCUUCAAACACAGCUCUGCAUUACCCAGAUCCAUUUGGCUUUUUUAGAACAAAAUCACUUUUGACGCACUGACAGGAAAAUAUCCGUUUUUACGAACCAUCCAUUCAACCAUUUCAUCCUCUUUCCAACUUUUUUUUGCAGAGGGUUUUUUUUUUUUUUUUUUUAAGCCUGUCAGCUGCAUGUGGAUUCAAAACUAUCCGAGAACUUUUCUUUUUUUUUUUUAAAUCAACUUCUCUGACUAAAAACAUCUCCUGCUGCAAUCAGACCGGGAUGCGGGUGGUCCUGACUGUGAACUGAUCUCAAAACAGAAGCUGAAGCAUCGCCGGCAUCCUUUCCUUUGUCUUUGUAGCAUCCCUGCCUCUCUACUUAUAUUGUCUGUGGGAUGUAAGAACCCACUGAAGUACUUUAGCUUGUUUUGAUAUUUUCCCCCCCUAAAGGAAUUACGUUGUUUCGCCCGGAGAAGAAAUUAUGGCACGAUUUUUGCUGAACAUGAGUCUCGUGUUGGUUUUGUUCGGAUUAUUUUUGCUCUCUUCUCCAUCUGCAAGAGCCGAGCCGGGGCCGCUGGAUGAAGAGGAGGAGGAGGAGAGCUCCUGCCAGGGAGCCUUUGACCUGUAUUUUGUGCUUGAUAAAUCUGGCAGUGUGAAGGAUCACUGGAAUGAAAUCUAUGAGUUUGUGAAGAAUUUAGCAGAAAAGUUUAAAAGUCCUAUGCUGAGGAUGUCCUUCAUAACGUUUUCCUCCAGAGCAUCCAUCAUCUUGAAACUCACGGAAAACAGAGUGGACAUCACAAAGGGUCUGAAUGCACUGAAUAGAGAGGUUCCUGGUGGAGACACCUUCAUGCAUCUUGGAUUGCAGCUUGCAAAUCAGCAGAUAAUGAAGGAGAACUUUGGUACAGCCAGUGUGAUUAUUGCUCUGACUGAUGGAGAGCUGCAUGAACAUCAGCUUCGAGAGGCACAACAUCAGGCAGAUGUAGCCAGAUCUCUGGGAGCCAUUGUGUACUGCGUUGGUGUCAAAGACUUCAAUGAGACGCAGCUGGCCACCAUUGCAGACACCAUUGAACACGUGUUUCCUGUGUUGGGCGGCUUCCACGCCCUGCGGGGUGUCAUUGAUUCGAUCAUCAAGAAAUCCUGCAUUGAAAUUUUGGCAGCCGAGCCUUCCAGUGUUUGCGCAGGAGAGUCUUUUCAAGUAGUGGUGAAGGGGAACGGAUUUCUCCACGCGAGAAACAUCAACCAGGUCCUGUGCAGCUUCAAAAUCAAUGACACCAUUACAAUCAAUGAAAAGCCAGCUGGUGUAGAAGACACAUUCUUACUGUGUCCAGCUCCUGUUAUCGAUGAAAUUGGGAAGGUGAUUUAUCUCCAAGUGAGCAUGAAUGAUGGUCUGUCCUUCAUCAGCAGCAACGUUCACAUCACCACCACAGAGUGUUUCGAUGGCACCAUUCUCCUGAUCACCUUGCUGGUGUUGUUCCUCCUACUCGCUCUGCUCUUCAUGUGGUGGUUCUGGCCUCUCUGCUGCACUGUGGUGAUCAAAGAGCCUCCUCCCCCACCUCCUCCUGAGCCUGAGUCAGACGACGACGACGGUCUUCCCAAAAAGAAGUGGCCCACUGUGGAUGCCUCAUAUUACGGAGGAAGAGGAAUCGGGGGGAUCAAGAGGAUGGAGGUGCGUUGGGGAGGGAAGGGCUCAACUGAGGAGGGGGCUAAGCUGGAAAAGCCAAAGAACGCUGUGGUGAAAAUGCCGGAGCAGGAGUACGAACCCUAUGAGCCAAAACCUAAGAAACCUCAGAACAAGAAGCCGCCUCAGAGCCGGAAGUGGUACACGCCCAUCCGGGGCAAGCUGGAUGCCAUCUGGGCUCUCUUCCGCCGUGGGUAUGACCAGGUAUCUCUGAUGAGACCCCAGCCCGGCGAUCAUGGUCGAUGCAUCAACUUCACAAGAGUGAAAGAGGAGUCAGCAGCAGCAAAGGCUCAACCUCGUACCCCUAUCCACACCCCUUCGACACCACCACCCGACUGCCACCCCAUGACUCGCACCACCCCGUCAUCCACCACUUCCAUGAGCCCCCCUGCCAGAUCUCCGCCAUCAGGCCAGGUGCCUCCAGGGCCACCACCGUCCCGCACACCCCCAGGGCUUCCCUGUCCACCACCAUCGCGUCCUCCCCCUAGCCUUCGACCCUGAAUUGCACAAACUCCUCCCACCCUACCAACACACCCGCUUUGAUAUCACAUUGAUAUUACUGUCCUGUUGACCAAUUCUUUCAGUUUGAAGGUUGUGGUCCUCACUGCCAAAGAUACUCCUGCUAUAAGCCAAAGAUCAGCAGUAUAACGAAUCCCAGUUGUUCUGUGUUCCACAUCUGGUAUGGGAAAGCAUAUCAAGUGAAACUGGCAAUGACAAUUAAGUAAUUUCAUUAGAGGAUAUCUAACUGACUGUGUGUAAUUUUUUUUAUGUGGCAACCUAAGACUGAACCCCACCCAAAAUCAGUAAAUGUACAGUGAUGUGGAAAAGGACUGUAUGCAGUUCUGUGGAAAACUAAGUACAACCCAUGAUUAUAAAACCACCAUUAGCAGCAAUAACUUGAAGCAGUUGUUCUUUGUGUGACUUUAUCAGUCACUCACAUCAUUAUGGAGGAAUUUUGGCCCACUGUUUAUGACGUUGCUUCAGGUCACGGAGGUCAUUGGUUUAUGCACAGCUCUCUUAAGGUCUUUCAGCAGCAUUUCAAUCAGGUUGAGGUUUGAACUUUGACUGGGCCAUUGCAGCACCUUGAUUCUUUUCUUUUUCAGCCACUCUGGUGUAGAUUUGCUGCUGUGCUUAGGAUCAUUAAUAAAGCACAUUCAUUUACCUUAUUAACUCUUAUGAAAGCAGUAACGGUGUACUUAGUUUUUCACAGGGCUGCAUAGAGUCCUGUUGAAACUUUCUUUUCCACACGACUGAAGUUUCUAAACAAUGACUAUUUGCUGAUGAGCAAGAAAAAUGAUUUUGUAUAGCAGUUUGACUUGACAUUCUGCCUCAUAUAGACUGAACAGGGUGAUUUGGAGAAAUAUUUUACUCUGCAGUUGUGAAAUCAGGGAGGAUUGUUGCUGGACAGCAAAGCAUAUGGGAAUGGGAAAGUCCAAAAAAAGAUUACUGCAAUGGAUGAAAAUUCUUUGUUGUCUUUGUCAACUACUGAGUCAGGCCAUUGUUACUGAAGAUUAAGGUGAAAAAAAAGAAGAUGUGGGUGAGAAUCAACGUAACUGUGUUAAGCUUUAAGUAGAAUGGAUUGGCUUAUUUCUCCAUUGCUGUGCAGCCAAUGAAGGAUUUUUAAGAACUGGAUUUCUGAAUAAUUUUAACUGAUCGUGUUUUUAGACACAUCUGUUUUUCUAAAUUUUUAUAUAAGAUUUACAGUUUGUUGAUGUUUCAUGAUCCAACAACAGUGUACUAAAGUAACAAAUCCAACCCCCAUUCACACCUUUGUUCCAGUGACCUCAAUAGGCCACAGGAAACAAUGGAGCGGAGUCCUAAAUUGGUUUCAACUGAAACCACUGAUUAAAUACGAC